CUGCAAUUCUUCCCUUUUCCUCCUCCUCCCUCUCUCCCUCCCUACAAUUCAGCUUCUCCGAUCAUGUUGGCCGCGAUGCCGACCAGUUUCCCGUCCGGUACGAUGCCCGACAAUCCUUUCCAAUCCUUCGAUACUGACUUUGCGCCUUGGGAUUGCAUCGACAAUCCCUUUUCUGAUUUAACCCAGUUUUCGAAACCCGUCGUCAUUUCGACUUAUGCAUCGGAUGACUCGAACCUUGACCAAGUCAACUGCCCUUCGAACUCGAGUAACUCAUGCGGAGAGAAACGGAAGGGCGAUGCGGCCGUGGACGAGAGAAAGCGUCGGCGGAAGAUUUCGAAUAGGGAAUCGGCCAAGCGGUCUCGCAUGCGCAAGCAGAGGAAUCUCGAGAACCUGAGAAACCAAGUGAACCGGCUGAAACUCGAGAACCAGGAGCUCUCGAACCGGCUUCGCCUCGUCCUGUACCACUGCUACCAGUUGCGGAGGAGUAACGACCAACUCCGGUCCGAGCAGUCGAUGCUCCAGCAUAAACUAUCAAACAUGCAACAAGUUCUAUUGUUACAGCUACUCCAGCAGCAGCAGCAGAACACUCCUGCAUGGCCAUGCAGCAGCAAUCCUAUAAUUCAGACGCGCGAACGAACUUCAUCGUUAAUCGCAUAACUACAUAAAUCACGAGGAAUAACUACCUGGAAUCUGAAAAUUGGCCUAGAGAGACUCUCUCUCUCUCUCUCUCUCUCUCUCAAACAAAUUGGUGUUGGCGGUUUGAGGGUAAUUCUUGGGAAAAGGCUGUUUUGAUAAAGCCGGGGCCAUUAUUGUGUAUAAAUUUUUUUAUCAGCUUUUGCCUUUAUUAAAGAUCUUCUGUCGUUUCGAUCUUGCUUUGGCGUUUUAAGUGCGUUAGCUUUUACUAUUAUUAUUAUUAUUAGUUUGAUUGGUUCUUGUGCAAGAAUA